UAUAUACAUUUGUUUACACGUUUCUACUGUUUGUUAAUCCUAGAGACCACACUUUAGCCCAACUCCUAUAAUGUGUUGGGACCAAAGCCACCUCUGUCUCCUCCCUACCUCACCACCGCACCUAUAACAUCUUCCUUGCCUUGAAGUGGUGUUCUGGCCGACACCCAGGAUAGUGACAGUCAGCCAUUAGUUUAGUGCUGUGAUGUUGUGUCGUGUCAUGUUUAUAUUUGUUUACUUGUUUACACGGUUACGGUAGGAUUUAAAAGUCAAGUUGUGUUGGCACAAUACAACAAUAUACCUCCAGAGUACUGGUCCUCUGCUCACAGAGCUGCUCUGCACCCUCUCUGAGGAGCCUGGAGCUGAUGUGGUCAGGGCCUUGGUCGCCCUUAACUCCCUCCUGACCUGCUUCAGACUGAGUCAGAGGGGGGUGAGCGUUGGCUGGUCUGGAGCUGUGGGUUGUUGGGGGGGUCCCAUUGCUCUGUUCAGAGGAAGGACAGAGUGGACUGUAGGUGCUGAGGUGUGAACAGCUGCAGACGCCUGGACUGGAGAGGUGAAGAGGGGCCGUGUGGAUGGAGCCUGGAACCUGUUAAAGUUCAGGUUCAGCUCAUUUGCCCAGCCUUGGUCACGCGCUCACACGCGACAGCGGCGUCGGCCGAUGGAGGGGUGUAAGCGGUGACGACCAGCACCUGGGGAACCCGUGGGAGGUGGUACAGAAGGAACCCAGAACCGACCUGCAGAGGCUCCGAGACGCUGCUUGGCUUUGGUUCGGCUCUGACUGCAGCACCAGCAACGUUUGGGCUGGACGUGAACAGAUAUUUACUGAAGCACUGGUUAUCUGCCUAAAGCAGAGCCAUGCGGCGAGUUUCCUGUGUCUCAGCGCAACGUCUGAUAAAAUGCAACAUGUCGUGACUGAUGAAGCGAUUUGAUGAUUGAUUUGAUGGAGAAAUGAUGCAGAUGAACAUUGAAUUGCACAGAUGUCACCUCAGUAAUAAUCUAAAACCAACUUCCCUUCCUGACACUCGACACGUUAUCGUGUGUUUGCAGUGGUUGAAACGUUGAAAUGUUAAAUGAACAAGAACAAGAACAUUCAGAUUGUGAACACACAGUAACUUAUAACAAACUAAUAAUGAUGCGUUAGAGCUGGAUAUUCAUGCUCUAAUCAUUGACACAAUUUGUGUCACUGACUGAAAAGGAUUCAUUAUAUUUCAGUGUUGGGAAGUGAAGCAGACGUGAGCGUGAACCCCAUGUUCUGAGUCCUUUAGUACAAACACUGAACUGUUGCUGUUUCCUGUUAGAAGCAUCCUGUUUCCAGAACCAGGACUCAAUGAAACCAUGUAAAUGAGUGAGUGAGUGUUAAAAGCUGCUUCCACUGAGGACAUGAAUGAAUCCCUGUCAACAUGUCGAUGACUUCUCUCGUUCCUUUACUGAGUGGGUCCACGUUCCGUUCAGCGUCUGAGAGAACGAGGCCUCGUCAGUCAGUGAGGACUGGACCUGGGUUCUACUGGACCUGCAGGUCACAGGUUUGAGGCCUGACGUGUCGUUGGCUCUGAUGCUCCUCAUGCUCCAACCAGACUAACGUCAGUGACGCCGCUGCAGUUUGCUGUGAUGCAGAUGCAGUGAGGGCGACUGUGAGGCUGCUGGACACUGAGCACCGUUCAUGGAUUCCAGGCUCAGACUCAGUGAAGCAGCUUGAAGCCGUGUUCCUGACGUCAGUGACUGUGUGUGUUCACGCCCGCCUCUCUUAGAUCACACACAUCUAUCUGAUGCAGAUAAACACACGCUGCUGUCACUCACACAUCAUAAGGCAGCAGCUGCACACGGCAUCAGCGGUCGUCCUGCGUCGCUCCAAGGUAACGUUCCUGCUUCACAUCUGUGUGUUCCAGCUCCUGGUUCAUCAGGGCCCUGACGGAACCAUCAGCAGACGUUCAGAGUCUGACUGGGUUUGGUUCUGCAGCAGGUGUUGGUCCAUCAGCAGCUCUGCGUUGGCUCUGAGCCGCUGAUCCGGUUCCAGCUUCAGUCGCUAGCGUUGACUGUGACCUUGAAGGUUCCAGGGGUCGGUUCCCUGGUCCAGAGUCAUGUUUAAUGUGGUUCUGGACUUAUUGCAGCUCCGUUUGCUUUCAGGUCCACGUCUUACGUUUCCUGGUGAUAAGUGUGUGUUUGAACCUGUUCAGUGGUUUCAGUCAAAGUGUGGUUCAUUAGUUGUAGUUUAGUCGAGUCUGGUCUUGUUUCCUGACAAAUAAACAGUUCGACCAGAACUUUACUGACAUUUCAUUAAACUCUGUUUUUUUUCCAGUUUCUCAGUGAAGAAUGAAUCAGAGCAACAUUAACCACACAUUGAUGGACACUGAUGACAACAUCUAUGAGGUUUAUAAUGGAACAGAUGCUGCAAACAUUUAUUGGCUUCAUUAUUAUACAGAAAUAGUUUCAACAUGGCUGAUCUUCACCAUCGGUCUCGUCCUGACGCCCGUCGCCAUCGCUGCUGUUUCCUCUCUGGUGAAGAAAGAAAACGUUGCUCCGAUCUUCGUCAUCAACCUCCUGGUUUCUGACGUCAUUCAGCUCUGCUCCAUGAUCAUUGCCAAGACAGGACGCGGUUGGGUUGUCUUAACUAUUGGUGAUUGCAUGAACGCGUUCGGUGUUUUAUCUAGUGUGGGCUUCAUGCUGUGCAUCGCUCUGGAAAGGUAUCUGGUCAUCGUCUGGCCGCUGUGGUACCGAACCAGACGACCAGUCAAGAUGUCGCUGCUGCUCUGUGCUGCGGUCUGGACUCUGGCUUUGGUUCUUGUCUUUGUUUAUAAAUGGGGUCCUUAUGUACAGGGUAAAUUGUACCGUACCAUCUUUGGCAUCUUUUUCCUCCUCCCGUUCCCUCUGCUCGUGUUCUUCCUGGUUGGGACCCUUAGAGCUUUGUCUUCCUGCAUCAGUGUUCGUGCUGAGGAAAAGAGAAGAAUUAUUGGACUUUUGGUUCUGGUGCUGUUGAUUUACACACUGCUCUUCCUGCCUAUGAUCAUUGUUUUCUUUGUACAUCCUAAUGAUUUUAAAAUGAAUUUUGUUGCUGUCCUUUUCAAUGAACUCAAUCCCAUUGCUGACUUGUUCAUGUACGUCUUCCUCAGAAAAGGGGCUGUGAACCAGGUUUGGUUCUGUCUCUGUUGUUGCAGAAAGAACAGAACUAGUCGUCAGUCGCCCCAUGGUUUGAAUGAUUGUGACACAGUCACAGGUUUGUAGUCAGACAAUGAAACACUGAGAAAUAUUCUUGGCUUGUAGUUUUCAUCUUUUGUUAAAUAUUUAGGUUUUGAUGAGUCUAGAGCUAAACUACAUCAAGCAAUAAACAGGCGUCAGUGUCACAGAGUAAACAAACAUCCCAUAAAAUAUUAAAUAAUAGCUUAAAAAUAAAUACAUUGUGUGUGGAAACAUUUUGUUUGUUUGCUGGGCUUUGUGUUUUAGCUAAAAUAAAGGAACAUUUGUCAUUUCUUAAUUGAUUCCAAAUUAAAACUGAACAGUUUG